UUCCCUUUCCCUUUCUCUCCCUUUUCAUUUCAUGCCAAACCUUUCCGACGCGGAAAGCCUAUUCGUUUUCGCAUACAAUUCUCGCAUCCAAACCAAACGCUCCCAUAAAACUCUCUCCCUUUUACUACUUCCAAGCCCGUUUCCCACGCAUACCAAAAAAAAAAAAAAGCAAAACGACACUCUUUUUUCUGCGUUUCAUAAUUUCCUUUUCAUUACGAAUUUCUUCUCAAUCCAUCCUCGGAAUCACCAAUCACCGCCACCUUCAUUUGUUAUAACAAAAAAAAAAAAUGUAACACCCGUUAUUUCUUCAUUUUCAUUUUCAUUCUCAUUUUCCAUUUCGUUGCAGAAAAAACAAAACACAGAAUCAAUAACGAUAACCGUUUAAAUUUUCAACCAUCGAAUCAAUCGUUGCACUUUACAGAUGAACAACGAUUGGUUAUCAUGGAUGGACUCGGAUCCAGACAUAUUUCCGUUACAGCCUUUCGUCUUCAACAAUUUUUUAUCAUUUAUGGAAAACUCUAGAAAUUUCUACGUUCCAGGAAGUUCGGCGCUCGAAGAGGCGUUUUGCCACGUGUCAAAAUUCGCCGGCGCGUUGUUGUUUUGGUUUUCCGGUGGAUCAAGUGCGAAUGCGGUGCGUGAUAUUGCACGUUCGUUGCGUGAUCCUCUGCGGUUCGGACGUGGUUCUUGUAAUGUGAAUAUGAUUAAGGUUAAACCUAUAAUAAGUAAUAAUGUGGCUGGGUUUGGGUUUCCUUUUGGUUUUAGAUCGAAGAGGAAAUCAUGUAAACCUGUUACUUUGGGGAAGAUUUCGAGUUUUGUUGUGAGGUUGUUUUGGAGAGAAGCUAAGAGGAUUCAAUCUUACCCUGUUUUAUCGCUCGCUGCUGCAUUGGUGCCGCCACUUCAAAACUUGUCAUCAAAUGUACUGUCUGGGCCAAUGCAGGAUCCUGAUGUGCAAAUGCAUGGAGGCAUGGACCGAGUGCCCGCGGAUGUUGAACGCCGAGGAUGUCCUCGCCUAUCGAUUUCCGAGUUGAACCUAGUAAAGUUUGCCGUGGAGCCUAAAACUGGCAUUGAGUUUCCUGUAAUUCUGGAUAAUUUAUCAGCUGGAGAGCAGAAUUCCAGCUUUGACUCAGAGGUCCUGGUUGGAACAGGAUCCAAAAACAUGACAAUUGUCAAAAUCAAGACGCUGAAGGUCUAUGCUUUUGGAUUUUAUGUUCACCCAUACUCCCUCUGUGAGAAGUUGGGCCCAAAAUAUGCAUCAAUUUCUGCAGAUGAACUGAAUGACUGUAAUGAUUUCUACCAGGAUCUUCUCAGGGAAGACAUCAAUAUGACCGUUAGGCUUGUCGUAAAUUGCAAAGGAAUGAAAAUUAACAGCGUGAAAGAUGCUUUUGAAAAAUCACUUAGAGCUCGUUUAGUUAAGACAAAUCCAUCCACAGACUUUCACUGCCUUGGGGCAUUUGGUUCAUACUUUACGGAGAAUAUCCUGAUACCCUUGGGGACAGUUAUUGAGUUUAAACGAACAGUUGAUGGACGUCUGAUUACUGAAAUUGGUGGCAAUCACGUUGGAAGUGUCCACAGCAAAGAUUUGUGUCGGGCUUUCUUUGACAUGUACAUUGGAGAUGUCCCUGUGUGCGAACAAACUAAGAAAGAGAUUGGCAUGAACAUCGCAAAUAUUAUGAAGAGUUGUUGAAAUGAUUAUUUUUCUAUCCAAUUGUCCUGCUUUUUAGAAGGGACAAUUGGAGGGCGGCGUGGCAUAUAUCCCCAUCCUAUAAAUGAAGCAGUUGUUUCAUGAAAUUGAUUUCAACCUGCUUUAAAAAUCAUUAGCUGGAAAUACUUUUCAAGGUUUGUCCUUUGAAUCAUAGAAGCCAUUAGGAUAGCUCAGGUUAGAUUUCUGUUGGAAAUUUUCUCCAUUCUAUUUAUUAUAUGCAUCACUUUGAUGCCUCUAUCCCUUUUAGAUGUAUAAUGAUAUAAUCUUAUUUUAGAAAACAAAAGGAAAAGAUGCAGAUUAGAAUAUUAAUGUCAGUUUUCUCAAGCUAGUGUUCUUCUACCUUUAUACACACCAUGGUUUCCAUGUGUUGAGCUGGAAUUCUUCGUUGAUACAGAUGAUAAAUGCUACAAGUAUUUAAACUUUAUUUA